AGGAUGAGCACUUCUUCCAUGGCCUUUCAAUUAGGAUCUUCUUCCUCUCUGUCAAUCUCUUCUUCUUCUAUUCGUAGGUCGACUCACGAUGUAUUCUUAAGUUUUAGAGGUGCGGAUGUUCGCCAAAGUUUUAUUUCACAUCUAUAUGGUGCUUUGCAUAAAAGGGGAAUCAACACUUACAUAGACAACAAUCUCAAAAGAGGAGAGGAAAUUUUGUCAGAACUUCUCAAAGCAAUUGAUGGAUCGAUGAUUUCUAUCAUUGUACUCUUUAAGAACUAUUCAGAUUCCAAAUGGUGUUUGGAUGAGCUAUUGAAGAUCCUUGAGUGUAAGAAAAUGGUGAAACAAAUUGUUUUACCCAUAUUUUACGAUGUAGAUCCGUUAGAUGUACAACAUCAAAAAGGUUGUUACUUUAUUCUGGACAUCAUUACAUGGGUGGACUCGAUAAUGGUAAAUCGUACAUUUCUUAACAUUGCUAAGUAUCUAGUUAGAAUAGAGUCUCGUUUACGAGACAUUUAUCAGCAUUUAAGUUUGGAAAAGAAUGAUAUUACAUGCAUGGUAGGGAUAUUCGGAACCGGUGGAAUUGGUAAGACAACUAUUUCAAAAGAGAUAUAUAACAGGAUUUUUCGUCAAUUUGAAGGAAGUUGUUUCUUGAAAAACAUUAUAGAAUCUUCAAAAGCAGGAGGUUUGAUUCAACUACAAAAUACACUUCUUUAUGAGAUUUUGGGAGAAAAUUUGGAUGUUCGUGAUUGUGAUAGGGGCAUAAAUGUGAUUAGUCAUAGACUUCACUCUAAAAGGGUUCUCCUAAUUCUAGAUGAUGUGGAUGAGUUGAAACAACUAGAAACAUUAGCCGGAGAUCAUAAAUGGUUUGGUCUUGGAAGUAGAAUCAUUGUAACAACAAGAGAUCAAGAUUUAUUAGAUAUCUUUAAAGUUGAUUCAAAAUACGAGUUGAAGAUUUUGGCAUACAAUGAAGCUCGUAAGCUCUUUAGCUUGCAUGCUUUCGAGAAAGAAGAACCAAUCGACAAUUAUGCAAAAGUUUUUGAACAAGUAAUGCAAUAUGCUAAAGGUCUUCCACUAACUUUAACAGUGCUGGGUUCAAAUCUAAAAGAUAAAAAAAUUUGUCAAUGGGAGAGUGCAUUUGAUAAAUAUAAACAAAUACCCAAUGAAAAUAUUCUGAGUGUACUUCAAGUAAGUUAUGAUGGACUAGAGGAACAUGAGAAGGACAUGUUUCUUGAUAUUGCAUGUUUCUUCAAAGGAGAACCUUUGGAUGAUGUCAUUAAAAUAUUUGAGAGUUGUCAUUUCCAUCCUAAUUGUGGUAUCCCAAAGCUUAUAGACAAGUGUCUUAUCACUACUGGGUUUAAUAUUUGGAUGCAUGACUUGCUACAAGACAUGGGCAGAGAAAUUGUCCGAAAGGAAUCACCCAAAAAACCAGGCACAUGUAGUAGAUUAUGGUUUCAUGAAGAUAUUCGCUAUGUACUAGAGGAAAAUACUGUAAGUUCUUAGAUUAAAAGCUCUUUCAAUUGAACACAUUUUACUGGUGAAACUUACAUGAAAAGUGUUGAAUUUCUUUUCAUAACAAAUGGCAAAGAACUACAUU